ACUGCAGGUUAUCAUCUUAUAGUAUAUUUUAUUAUUAUUAUUAUGAAUUAACAAAUGAUAACCGAACUCUGAGCUUCAAAUUAAAAAUCUCGAAACUAAAGUUAAAGCAUAGCAUCGUCUCUGCAAGAACAAGAAGAGAGGAGAGGAGAAAGUUGAAGACUUUUCUCCUUUACUAUUGUUACAACAAUCUCCUUCUCUCUCUUCUUGGAGUAAUUCUUUGAAGAACAAGAAAACCACUCUCUCGUUGUGGGGGAGUAAGAGGGACUCUGAAGAGACAUGUUUGGGUGCAAGAGUUUAUGCUGGGAUUCUGUCCCUGAAUUCACUGACCCUGAUCCACUUCCCUUUUCUCUGCCUUCACCCCUUCCUCAAUGGCCACAAGGUGGUAGUUUUGCAUGUGGAAGAAUAUGCCUUGGAGAAAUAGAAGUUAUAAAAGUAAACAAGUUUGAGAAGGUUUGGAGAUGCACAAGUUUGAAUGGGAAAUCGCUUGGUUUCACAUUUUAUAGACCUUUGGAAAUUCCAGAAGGCUUUUUCUGCCUUGGUCACUAUUGCCAGUCCAAUGACCAGCCAUUGAGAGGAUAUGUUCUUGUGGCCCGUGACACUAGUUCUGAUGCCUCCACUCUAGAAUCUCCUGCUCUGGAAAAGCCACUUAACUACUCGUUAAUAUGGAGCCUGGAUUCUCAUGAUGAAUGUGUUUACUUUUGGUUGCCAAACCCUCCAACGGGUUAUAAAGCCAUGGGCAUAGUAGUUACUAGCAGUCCUAAUGAACCUGAAGUUGAAGAAGUUAGAUGUGUGCGAGAUGAUCUCACAGAAAGUUGUGAGACUUCUGAUCUGUUACUGACUGUAAAGUCAAAAUAUUCAAAAGAUUCAUUUCAGGUUUGGAAUACACAACCCUGUGAUAGAGGUAUGUUAGCUAGAGGUGUAGCUGUUGGGGCAUUCUUCUGUGGAAGUACAUCUGUUGAUCCUGAACAAGUGGUGGAUAUUGCGUGCUUGAAGAAUCUUGAUUCUUCCUUGCACGCGAUGCCAAAUCAGAACCAGAUUCAUGCACUUAUUCAGCAUUAUGGUCCCACUGUGUACUUUCAUCCUGAUGAGAAGUACUUGCCAUCAUCAGUGCAAUGGUUUUUUAAGAAUGGAGCAGUUUUGCAUGCAGCAGGCAAUAAGAAAGGUAUAGCUAUAGAUUAUCAGGGCUCAAAUUUACCUAGUGGUGGAACAAAUGAUGGUGCCUUUUGGAUUGAUUUGCCUACUGAUGCUGAUGCAAGAAACAAUCUAAAGAAGGGAAACAUAGAGAGUGCUGAACUCUAUGUUCAUGUAAAACCAGCAUUGGGAGGAGCCUAUACUGAUAUUGUGAUGUGGGUUUUUUGCCCCUUCAAUGGACCUGCCACCCUUAAAGUGGCAUUGAUGAACAUUGAGAUGAACAAGAUAGGAGAACACAUAGGUGACUGGGAGCACUUCACCCUUAGGAUAAGCAACUUCACUGGAGAGCUAUGGUCUGUUUACUUCUCUCAGCAUAGUGGAGGUGGAUGGGUAAAUGCAUUUGAUCUGGAGUUUAUUAAGGGGAAUAAGCCAAUUGUUUAUUCAUCAAAAGAUGGCCAUGCUAGCUUCCCUCAUCCUGGGACUUACCUUCAGGGAUCAUCCAAACUAGGAAUAGGAGUACGCAAUGAUGCAGCUCCAAGCAAAUUUAUUGUGGAUUCGAGCAUCAAAUAUCAGAUUGUUGCAGCCGAGUAUCUUGGUGAUGGAGUCAUUGCAGAACCAUGCUGGUUGCAGUAUAUGAGAGAGUGGGGUCCUACCAUUGUGUAUGAUUCACGGUCUGAGAUAGAGAAGAUAAUAAAUCUGCUCCCACUAUUUGUUAGAUUUUCUGUGGAGAACUUAUUUGAACUAUUUCCAACGGAGCUUUAUGGUGAGGAGGGGCCAACUGGUCCAAAGGAGAAGGAUAAUUGGCUAGGAGAUGAAUAUUGCUAGUUCUGCUUCCUCGCUCGUUUUAGUGGGAAAGGAAUGCAAACUGAUAAGGUAAUAUCUUUCUUUAUGUCCCGGUAAUAGUGUAUGUGUUCUGUAUGUCACUGUGGAAGAGGUGAAAUGGAGCAAGACAUCAUCAUUAUCAUCAAUCAAUUGUAAAGGGGGUGUACCUUACAUAGUAGCAACUUAUCAUUCUUGGUGGCCUGAAGAACUAUAGUUCUCUGAUGUUUGAGCUGCUUAAAACAAUAUUGAUAGCUACACAAAAAUUGUGAGUAGAAUGAUAGCAAUGUACAUUCUAAUACACUCUUUGUUAUUAGUUGGGAAUUUUUUAGACUCACAAAUGAUGUGGGGCUCACUUCCUAUUUGAUGAGUUUCUCUUAUUAUUUUGUGAUUCUUAAUAAAUUUUAAUCAAUGACAAAGAGUGUAUUUGAAAGAACAUGUUCCUAGUUUAUACUAUAAACAUGUACAAGCUAGGGUUAUCGGUUGUAUAGACAUUUCUGAUCUCUUUGUAUGAUAAUCUUGUUGCCAGUGUUUAGUGGGAAAUAUGAAUUUUUUUUUUUUGCUAGUAUUCCGAAUGUUGCUGGUCAUGGAAUUGGAAUAUCAUUUACUCUGGUUAUAUAUUAA